AUGUCGCUGUACUACUCGCUUAUCUUUGUGAUUCUCGUCAUAGAGAUCUCCAUGUUCUCGCUGCUGGCCAUGCCCAUCCCUACGAAGUUCAGGAAACCACUCACGUACGUUCUGAUCAAACCCUUCCGGUACAAUACGGUCACGCUGUCCGCAAAGUGCGUCAUUGCGUUUAUCCUGCUCCUCUUCCUGGACUCCAUCAACAAAGUCUACAACAUAGACACGAGAGAACUAAGCGGGCCAGGCGGGAUCAUCAACCCGGCAGAGAAGAUAGAGGUGUACUCCAGGAAGUUCCUCCAGCAGCGGAACAUGUACCUCACGGGUAUCACCCUCUUCCUCACAUUUGUCGUCGUUAGAACGUUUGCACUUGUGCAGGAAUUGAUAGACCUCAAACAGGUUUACAGAGCGGAUGCGCAAACCCCAGCGCAACUUAAGGCCAGGAUCGCCGAUGCGGAGAAACAGAUCAAAGCAGCGAAGGAGAGAGCCGCAGCACUGGAUUGA